UUUGUUUUCAUUGUAUCCUUGUGUAAUUAGUUUUUUUACACGUGUAAUGAUCAUGAAGGUAAUACACAAAGGGAAUUACCUACCUAUUAUUUUAAUCAUAAGUUUACCGCAACAGGUUUACGUGUCAAGAUGUUACGAAUAAUUGCAGCAGCCCUCAUUUUAUUGAGCGCAUCUGACGUUUUUGGGGCUGUACAACUACCACCAGAAAUAACCAAAUGUCGCAAAUCAGACUCUCAAUGCAUGGAGAAAAGUAUAAAAGAAACUUUGAUGCUUUUCAAAGAUGGUUAUAAAGACUUAGGAUUUCCCCCAUUAAAUCCGUUCCACGUAGAAAAAUUGGAAAUCACUGCAGAUCCAGGCAAAUCUGUCAAAUUGAAUCAGAAAUAUGAAGAUGUUUGGAUGCACGGAAUGGUGGAUAUUGAUGUUAAAAGUUUUAAGUUGACAGAUGAUGGCAAAAAAUGCAUAUGGGAAUUGGAGGUUUACAGCUUCGGAACUAGAAUGGACGCCGACUAUACUUUAACUGGCCAAGUAUUGGUUUUCCCUAUAAAUGGCCAUGGAAGAUGUAACGUCACUAUGAAGGGUAUUACCAACAAACACACAGCAGAAUGCGAGCACUACAUGAAGAAAGGCAAAUCGCACAUGAGAUUGAAAAACUACAAAAUGAAUAUGUCAGUUGAAAAAUGCUACUUUGAUUUUCCAAAUAUUAUUCCCGGUAACGAGCAAAUUUCCAAGGAGGUUGGCAAAACUGUGAACGAAAAUUCACAGGAAAUUUUCCAGGACGUCAAAGGUGGUUUCGAGGAGGUUUUGGCUAGGCUGCACGAAAACGGUGCGAAUAGUGUGUUCUCGAAAAUACCGGAAGAUGAACUGUUUUUGCCAGAAUAGAAUCGCAAUAAUAUGCGAUUUUAUUUAGAUUUUUAGUGUUCUUAAUAUGUCAUUAUGUUUUUGUUAAAUUUUAUUUGUAAUUAUACCCAGACAACAAUAAAUACCACAAGAUUAAC